AUGCCUCUUGGGAUCCUUGAAGACGCCAAGCUUGAAUCCGUACCGGGCACCGCGCCCCUUAACGAACUCGGCAACAACAAUGCCUAUGCAGGCAUUGACCCUGCUCUGCUCAAGCAUGACGAGAGCGGCGAGAUAGUGCUUGUCCCGCAGCCGUCGGACUCGCCUAAUGACCCCUACAACUGGCCGCGGUGGAAGAAGGAACUCUUCACCAUUACCUUUGGCUGGGGCUGCGGUUGUACAGGAGCCGUUGGACCUCUUCUCGGAGCAGCAUUCGUUCCCCUCGCAGAGCAAUUCGGCGUCUCACUCAAUACCUUUGUCUCCGGUGUCCAGGGGGGAACAAUUGCCGCAAUUGCCGUGGGAAGUCUAGUCUUCAACUGCAUUGCAGUCAAGUACGGCAAGCGUCCAGUGUACCUGAUCACGACAAUCGGAAUGAUGGUGGCAUGUUUCUGGGGCGCCGCAGCCAAAAGCUUCGCCUCGCUCGUGGCAUCGCGUGUCCUCAUUGGUCUUUGCAUGGGCCCUUUCGAAGCAUUGGUUCCUGCCUCGAUUGGGGAUGUCUGGUUCGUCCAUGAACGCGGUCUGCGCACAGCGAUCUUUAACCUGGGUGUGCUGGGCGGCAUCAACCUUGCAACUCCGAUUGCCGGGCAAGUGAUCGAGUACGGAGACUAUCAGAUCUGCCUCUACGGCAUGGGUGGUGCGUUUGCAUUAGCACUUAUAAUGGUGUUCUUCUGGAUGCCAGAAACUGCAUACGUACGAACAGAUGCGCUGAGCAUCGAUACCGGCCAUGACCUGACCACACUCGAAGGGAAAACAAGCACGAAGCACCUCGAAGCCGCAGUCGACGCAGACACAGCCGCAGCCCCAACUUCCGCCGACGAACCGCGGAUAUCAUAUAUCCGCGAACUCCUCCCCUACAGCGGCUAUGUCAACCACAUUUCCUUCUGGAAUACGCUAAUCCGCCCGGUCUACCUCAUGGCCUCUCCCGCCGUCGUCUGGGCCGUCAUCCUUUUCACCACAUGCAUUUCCUGGCUCGUGCUCAUCUCCCUCACUAUCUCUCAAAUCUUCUCCGCACCACCAUACAGCUUCUCUGUUGGUGCAGUGGGUGCCACAAACGUCUCAUCCUUCGUUGCGUCUCUUAUCGGAACACUCGUCGCAGGACCAUUAGUCGAUGGGGUUGCUCGGAGGUUAUCUAAGAUGAACAAGGGGAUCUUUGAGCCCGAAUUCCGCCUCCCUAUCAUGAUAACAUACCUCCUCUUCACGGCAACCGGCUUUUUCGCCUGGGGCGCCUCCCUCUCCAACCUAGACCCCUGGCCCAUUCCCGUGAUCGUGUGCCUGGGUCUCAUAAAUCUAGGUGUGCAACUAGGGACAACGGGCGUGGUGACGUACGUGGUGGACUGCCACCGUGAGAAAGCAAGCGAGGCCUUCGCGACGAUGAACUUUGUCAAGAACCUGUUCUCAUUCGGACUUACUUUCUAUGUGAACGGGUGGAUCGAUACGCAAGGGGUACGGGAUGUUUUCUACACAAUUGGCGGUAUCACCAUCGGUGUUACACUGCUUACAGUGCCGAUGUAUGUGUUCGGUAAGAGGGCGAGGAGCUGGGUUCAUCGGCAUCGGAUUGCAGAGAGGCUGUAA